CUCCUCCCGUUGCGGAUGCAUCCUAAUUCCCGAAGCCUUUCAUCUGCUGGCCGUCGCUGAGCUCUUUCAGCUCCAGAAGAAGGAAACAACAAUGCCUUCUCUGCAAAACGACACUCAUCAGCCAUUGUUGCCGCCCAGCGAUCCGCCACCGCCACCGUCCUUGACUCGCUCUCUAAGCUCCAAACAGGAAUCAUCAAACGGCGAGCUCGAAAGUAUACUCUCCGACACCACCCUACCUCUACUCCGCCGGGUCCGAGCCGCCACAUGGAUCGAGCUGAAGCUGCUAUUUUUCCUGGCGGCUCCCGCCGUCGUCGUGUAUCUGAUCAACUACGUCAUGUCCAUGUCCACCCAGAUAUUCUCCGGCCACCUUGGUAACCUCGAGCUCGCCGCCGCCUCCCUCGGCAACACCGGCAUCCAAGUCUUCGCCUAUGGCCUCAUGUUGGGUAUGGGGAGCGCAGUGGAGACGCUAUGUGGGCAAGCAUUUGGUGCGAACAAGUACGAAAUGUUAGGAGUAUAUUUGCAGAGAUCAGUGAUUCUGCUAACUCUAACGGGGAUUCUUCUGACCAUCAUAUACGUAUUCUCAGAACCUAUUUUGUUAUUUCUGGGAGAACCUCCGAGAAUAGCAUCGGCGGCUGCUGUCUUCGUGUACGGUCUCAUCCCUCAAAUCUUCGCGUACGCCGUCAACUUCCCAAUCCAGAAGUUUCUACAAGCUCAGAGCAUAGUGGCCCCCAGUGCGUAUAUAUCGUCGGGGACGCUGGUGUUUCAUCUGGUGUUGAGCUGGGUGUUCGUGUACAAAAUUGGGCUCGGAUUAUUGGGAGCGUCGUUGGUUCUGAGCUUGUCGUGGUGGAUCGUGGUGAUAGGUCAGUUUGUGUAUAUUGUGAAGAGCGAAAAGUGUAAGAACACAUGGCAGGGAUUCACGGUGCAGGCGUUUUCCGGGCUGCCGGAGUUCUUCAAGUUAUCGGCGGCGUCGGCCGUUAUGUUGAGUUUGGAAACGUGGUACUUUCAGAUUCUGGUCCUGCUUGCUGGUUUGCUGGAUCACCCUGAAUUGGCUCUCGAUUCUCUUUCCAUUUGUACCACCAUAUCCGGAUGGGUGUUCAUGAUCUCAGUUGGAUUCAACGCUGCCGCAAGUGUGAGAGUGAGCAACGAGCUAGGAGCAAGGAAUCCAAAAUCAGCAGCGUUUUCAGUGGUGGUUGUGACGUUGAUAUCCUUCAUAAUAUCUGUAAUAGCAGCCAUUGUGGUGUUGGCUUUAAGGGAUGUGAUUAGUUAUGCCUUCACAGGGGGCGAGGUUGUCGCCGCCGCUGUUUCUGAUCUCUGUCCUCUCCUCGCUCUUGCCAUCGUCCUCAACGGCAUCCAACCCGUCCUGUCCGGGGUGGCUGUUGGGUGCGGAUGGCAGGCUUUUGUUGCGUAUGUGAAUGUUGGCUCUUAUUAUGGAGUUGGCGUUCCAUUGGGCUCAGUCCUCGGCUUCUACUUUAAACUUGGUGCUAAGGGAAUCUGGUUGGGAAUGCUGGGUGGAAUGUUCAUGCAAACAAUUAUUUUAACGUGGGUCACAUUUCGAACGGAUUGGAAUAAAGAGGUUAAUGAAGCGGCUAAGAGGUUGAACAAGUGGUCAGAAAAGAAAGAUUCAUCUCCCCUGGAGAACUGAGAACGCCUGUUCUGACCUUGAAUUCAAUUAAGCAGGGCCAAUUGUCUCCGGCUCUCCACUUUGAAUUUUAGAACUAUUUCCAGAUUUGGGUCCCCAGCCAGCCAAAACAGAAAUAUCUGGUAUCAUCUAACGUCAUCAUGUAAUCAUGCACAACAUUUUUCAUUGUUUCACCUGGGCAAAAGGGUUCAAGUUCUAUUUGCUUUUUCCUUUUUCUUAACUUUUGUACCGUUCAACGGUUUAGUGGUUUAGCAUUACCCCCCCCCCCCCGGGGGGGUUUUCCUCUUGAGUGAGAUAAGCAUUACCCCCUUUUUCACAGAAGAAGAAGAGAUCUUGGUGUUUUCUUCUGCUGUUUCUCAAAUACAGUUCAAAAUAACUAGCGUGGGAUCGUGGCAAUUGUCAA